GAAUGAAUUAACAAUGCGAAAAGGAUGAAUAGUUUGAUCUCAUCAUUGAUGAGAAACUCUCCAGUUAAGAGUAAUCAACAUCUACACAAUCUAAACAAAGCAAUGCUAAUCUGGCUAUGUUAUAAGAUAAUUCUAAAAAUUUUAAAUUAAAAAGAACUCAAAGUACCUAUUAACUAUAAUUUAAAGGAAGCUUGCUUCAACUCAAUCACAUUCCUCCUUAAAGAAGAGGAUCUCAAUCAUGCAUAGAACCAAUCCAAGUAAUUUAGGAAGAGGUAAUCGUUCAAUUCAUAUGACUAUACAAUAGUGCUAUCAAAUUGGGAAGCCAAAUCUCUUUAAUGUGUUUUGGUACGAUGACAAUAUUGAUAAUAAAUAUGAAAUCAUUGUCUAAGCAACACAAGACACCCUUAUCUCUGAUUUUAUCGCUUUAGUUAUAAAAGAAUUCAACUUGCAACAUGAUUAUAUUCAUUCCCCAUUUACUGAAGAUGGAUCCCUGCUUUAUGAAUUGUAUGUUCCAAAAAAAAAGAGUGGAAAACCCAAUGAAGAUUACCCAGGUAUAUAUUAUUUAAAUAUUCUCGAAAGCCUUUUCUGAUAAAAUUUAAUUAAGUAAAACAAAUCUUACUUAAUUUGCACUCAAAGUAUCAAAACUUCAAUCUCAUUAUAUCAGUUCAUUCGCAACAUAAGGUUAAAAUGUUCAGCUAUCAAUGACAAAGAAUAAUGAUUAAAAUGCAGGGGAUGAAAAAUCCAUCUGGCAGAAAUUUUUCUUUUGUUGUAAUUUUGAUAUCUGA